CGAAAAAGAUGUAUUCUCCCACGAAAAUCCGAACCGAGCGGACGUAUCGCGCGCGCCGCGUAGAUACACAGCCCAUAGAUACUAUUUCCCCUGGCUCGUCGGUGGUGUGUAUUGCAGCAGAAGCAAGGUCUCUCUGCGUGUGAGAGCGUCUCCGUGAAAAUUCAAUAAAACAAAGAGCCAAGUGAAAAUCGGUUCGAAAUGCCAAUUGUCUAGCGACUUGAGGGAAAAUCGAAGGAUUAAACUGCAAGGAGAAAAACUGUGUUGGUGUACAGCUUAAAAACCGCUUAAAGUGUGUGCUUCGUGUGUGAUUCGCUUAAUUUAGUUUUAAUUAAUAUCAAUAAAAAGUGCAAAAAACACGACUUUGUCUACUGGAAAAGUAUCUAAACCCCAAUUAUUCGCCGAAGAGCAUUCGUUUUAAUUCGAUUGACACAGAGAGUGAGAGGGACAGAGAGACGAGGCGACUUAAGGGGAGGCAGAGAGCAAGAGAGGGAUCCCCAACCUCGACACAGACGCAUUUGAACCGUGCAAAUGGUGGUGGAGCAGCCAGUGGCAAAAACAACAAUCAUGCGAAUGUAGCGCCACUCUCCUCUCUUCGCCGCCUUGCUUUUGCGCAGAGAUCUGCGGCGAAUUGAUCGAUUUCGCCGCAGCUGUGUGUUUGGAAACACCUUGCUCCAAUAUUUUAGCACCCCCCUCCGUCUGCACGACCAUCGCAGUUUCAGUCUCAGAUUCGGUUCGCUUCGUGCUCUUUCUGCUGCCCUGCAGCGGAAAAUUCAACGAAAAAUCACUGAGACAUUUGCAGAAACUCCCAAAAAAGAAAAGAAAAGAAAACCGAAAACGGGCUACGAUUCUUGCAUUUUCCAAUGCUGGUUGGCUGCGCUUUGCACGCGAUUUCCUCUGUUGCUGCAUUUUCCUCCAAGACAACAAGAAUAACGGGUAAAACCAGGAGAACGGCUCCAGCACAAGAAGAAGAAGAAGAAGAAGCAGCAGCUCCAACAUUGUCGUCGCGACGUCGACGUCAGCGCCGCUGCAGCGCCGCAGCUUCAUCAGCUAGCCAUGAACUACAACUACAAAUACAACUGCAACAAAAACUCCAUCUGCAGCAGCCCCAACAACAACAACAACGAAGGCAGAGAACAGGACACGCAGCAGCAAAAGCAGCAAGAGCAGCAUCAGCAUCCACAUCAGCAACCAAUGCAGGCGGCACUGAGGACAGCGAGCUCCAGCUCCAGCUCCAGCUUUAGCUCCACCAUCUCCACCACCACCACUUCUGCGACUGCGACUGCGUCCACAUCCAAGACGAGAGCAGGAACAACGUCGUUAAUCUAUUUACCGCCUUUCUGCUAUCCAUGUAAGCAUGUGCCUGCGGCCGGCACCCGAAGUCGGAGCAGGAGUCAGACCCUGAGCCAUGGUGGCAGGAGCAUCGAGGGCAGCUGCUUUUGUCCGCCCGGCUGGGAACAUAAAAAUUAUGAUAAACAUGCUUCAGCGGCGACGUUGACACCAGCAACAGCAGCAACAACAACUGCAGCAACAACCACAGCAACAACUACAGCAAAAUCCACAGCAGAACCUGCAGCGGCAACAAUGUCCUCCUCCUCGACUGGUGAAUUCCUGCUGCCGGGUGUUCAGUUACCCGUUGACUCGACGGGGCAUAGAUGCACCGAUCUCCGGCAGACGUCGCAAUUAGUUAUGCCCACUGUUGCCGGCGGUAGCGCGGAUGUGGAUGCGGCUGUAGAAGCGAAUGCGGAUGUCUUGGAAUGCGGCAAGCGAUGCUGGCGACGUGAGCGAAUCCGGCGCGAAGGACCAAGUCAUGCGUCUGGCGCUCCGCUGGCCCAGGUAAAUCCAAUCAUCGCUAGCCCGGCAACAAUGGCCGGAGCAGGUGGAGCGGGAGAAGGUGCGACAGCAGCGAUAACCGCACACGAAUCGCAAACAACGACAAAAACAACGGCGAGGGGCACAACUGGUGCUGCAUUGCCGCACGAUGGAGAGUAUGAUGAAUGUAGGUGCUUUAACUAUAACGGUGAUAUUAGUCUGGAUCGGCGGGGCGAGGCCGCGGAACUUUCCGGCGGCAUUACGUGGCUGAUGUUCUUGUGGCAGCAGCUGCUGCCGGGCAACGGAUACGCCAUCUCCCACUCCCACGAAUCCAGCUUCCCGGCGGGGACAACAAUAACAACGAAUAUCGAGGCGAGAAGGAGCAGGAGCUGCGCCAUGACGUCGACAAAAAGUUGGCUGGGACCGCUGCUAAUGCUGCUUUUGGCCACGUCCGUCAGCGGCUGGGGCGGUCGGCAAGAAACACCCACAAAUUGCACAUUUCCGGCUCGAUGGGAGGGCUCCUGGUUCCUGUCCGGCUAUCAGCAAUCCAUUCACAUCAAGGGCUCCCAGUUCAGCUACCGCGGCAGGUGUGCGGCCUCCGAUGGUAACAAAUAUCUCAUUGUCGACGAGAAAGGAUGUCAUCGUUGCCUGGUUAUCUAUGAGAAGCAUAAAAAUGUGCUCCAAUAUAAAGAAAACUUUUGCAAGGGCCGUGAGACUUUACAGAACCUCUGCGACCAGAUUCCGGGCGAUGCCCUGCUCUACUCGCUGUUCCGGGAGAGCGCCGAGCCGGUCAAGUGUCCGCUCAAGGGACCCUUCAUCUUUACGUAUAACCGAGGCCAUGGGGAGUGCAAGUCGCCGGUGUCCAACAUCGAGAGCUGCACGGAGGAGAGCCGCCUCCUGCUGAGCUUCCAGGCCUGUCCCGAUGUCCAGGGCACCGAGAGCACGGUUGAGGAACUGACGUGCCUGGCAACCUGGAAAGAUGGCAACUCACGCUACUUGGUCGGCCUGGUCUCGCACCAUCACGCCAUUUCGAACGAGGAGCGCUACCGCUGCUUUGUCUACGAGAAAAUCUCCUCGCUGAUGGGCGGACCCAGCAUGCUCAGCUCGAAGGAUGCCGAAUAUAAGCUGGCCCAAUCCGGCGACGCCACUUGCAAUGGCUUAGACAGUGCCGAGGUCGGCUCACGUAUCAUGUCGCUGCGCAAGCCGCCCGUCGCCGAGCGCUGCGACUUUCCGGCGUGGUUCAAGGGACAGCGCCACUGGCAUGCCCUCAUGGGGAACGCCGUCUACAAUUAUCAUUCCAACGAUGGGUCCGUGCACAUUAUUAAGCCCAACGGCUACAUGGAGACACGUGCGCUGUGCGAGCAAAUAAAUAAACAGACCCCCACCGAAAUGAUGGCCGUGGUGCACUACACCACCGGUUGCCAAUCGGGAUUCAUGUGCAUGAUGUUCUACCGACGGGACACGUUCGUCAUCGAGAUACAGACGGGCAAGCCGGCGAUUCGCCUGGAGGACGCCUGUGCACCGGAUCACUUUGACAUCAAUAAGAUGGCCUACAUCACCUUGCUGGCCAGAGACUCGGACUUGGCCAUCUGUCCCAUGGAGGGCAUCUACACGCUGCGCGGAGGGAUCGGUCCGCCGUAUCUGGCCACUCGCCACAAGCGCAAUCACAAUGGAAAGUCGCAUCUGGGCCAUGGCCACCACCACCACGAGUCCACUGACUCGGGAAAUUUCGGCCACAAAGGACACAGUUCGCUGAGCUUCCGCAACGCGGAGCGCAUGGAGCGCGGCUCCUGGCACGCCAACACCCGCGGCCUUCCAGUCCGCAGUCGACGCAACGCGCCCAAGGAUCCGCAGGAGCAGCAUCCGCAGCAGCAGCAGCAGCAGACGCAGCAGCAGGGGCAGAAGGGGCAGCAGCAGGAGGCGCUGGUCCUGGAAAAGGUCAACAGCAGCAGCGACACGAGCGUGGGAUUCGUGGCCACGCGGAGCCGGCGGGACGUUCCCGGCUGUCCCAACUACAGUGCCCAGCGGCAACUCUGGGUCGGCUGCACGGCGGCGAACCUGAUCGACGUCAGUCCGCUGUGCAGUGUCGAGGGGGAGGAGGAGUACUCCUGCCACGGAUCGUGGAGCGAGAACAGCACCUUCUACAUCGUUGCCCGGCACAAGGGGAGCAAGCACGGGGUCUGUCUGACCUAUCGACCCACGGAGGGCACCUCCGCCAAGUUGGUUGUGGGGGAUGCCUGCUACCGCGGCACUCAGAAGCCCCCCGAUCAUCACCUAGAAGCCAGUCUUACAGUUUUGGGUAAAUGUGGCGAAACUGGAGUUAGUUCCGCAAAGACCCACCUGGUUAACUGGCUUCUCCUGGUGGCAAUGGCAUCGUGGCUUCACCUGCGCAGCUGAGGGACAGGAGGCAGAAACCCCAAAUCCACAUAGGCAACUUAGCGUGACAAGCCAAAGCGCCACGUAUACAUCACUAAAUCCCGAAAACCAAAUCCCAUUAUGAUCGACAUGUAUACAAGACACAUCUAAGACUUAUUGUAUAUUUCGUGUAGUACGUGUAAGGCGAAAUCGAACCACUUCGCACUGGUUUGGCUGUAUAUAAUGUAUUGUUUUUUUCUUUAGUAAUGAUACACACCUUUGUUUAGUUCUAAGUGCUUAAAAUAAACAGAAUUUCGAUAAAUUAA